AUGCCGACUCCCUCGCGCCUAGGAAAGUUUGACGUGCCAAAGGUCUCAUUUAAUGAGUACCUGAUGAACCACCUCAAGAACAAACUCCGAGAAUGUCCAGAUAAGAAAGCCUUUAUAGCAGCUGAAGAUCACCACAAUUCUGUAACGUACAAGCAAUUGUAUGAACAUGUACAGUCUGUUGAGACCUACCUCGACAAUAUUGGCUUCAAAAAAGGUGAUGUAGCUCUAAUUGCCGCGCCAAACUCUUGGCAAUACAUAGUGAUACUGGCCGCGGUCGCAUGCAGAGGUGGAGCAUUGAGUGGAGCUAACCCCGAUUACACAUCAUUCGAACUAAAAAGGCAAAUCUUGGACUGCAAGGCUAAUGUUGUGUUCUGUGGGGAAGAGACAUUGAAACGGGUACAAAAUGCAACUAAGGAUUUGAAUAAUAUAAAAUUAAUCGUGAUAAGCAAUGCACAUGCUCACGGUGUUACGACCAUCUCAGACGUGCUGAAAACAAAGCCAAGAAGACUGGCGCAGCCUCGGAUCAACCCUGAAACAGAUUUAGUGCUGAUUCCAUACAGCUCUGGUACUACUGGAGACCCGAAAGGGGUUAUGCUAAGUCAUCGUAACAUGGUGGCAAUGUUAGAAGCUAUUGAGACGUAAGUAUAUAUUUUUGUCUAGAGGUUUUGUAAGCUUGUUUGCAUAAGAAAAAGUUAAACAUUGUUUUAAAAAUGCAAAAGAGUACAAAUUAAAGUACUAAAUCAAACAAACUUGAUUUUUACAGCUACUACGACCAACAACUAAUGAAAGACUUGGAAAUUGACAUGGGCAAAGAAACAAUAUGUUUGCUAAUGCCAAUGUUUCAUGCGUACGGUUGUUGUGUCAGCUUGAACACACUUAUCAGAGGAACAACAAUAGUGCUACUUAAAAAAUUUGAUUUUGAGCUGUUCUGUAAAACAAUCCAAGAUUUUAAAGUAAGUUAACUCCGUGCCCUUGAUAGCUCAGAGCCCUAGUACAAAGCACUAGCCCAAGCAAAAAUUUGUAAAACCCAAUUAUUUCAGGUCAGAGUCCAAUUUCUGGUCCCAAUGAUCAUCUUACUCCUAGUUAACCACCCACUUGUCAAAAAGUACAAUCUAAGCAGUUUGGAAGUCAUCCAAUCUGGUGCAGCUCCAUUAGGUUCCGACAUUUGUGAGCUAGCCUUUCAACGAUACCCAAAUCUACGUGUUCUUGGUCAAGGCUACGGUAUGACAGAGUGCACGGUUGGUAGCCACUUUUUGGCCGUUACUAAAAACAACUUUUCUCAAGUUGGGCUAUUGGCUCCAAACAUGGAAUUAAAGAUUCAGAAUCCAGAAACCGGGGAGGAAAUGCCGAUAGGCAAAGAGGGUGAAGUCUGUAUUAAGGGUCCUAAUGUUAUGGUUGGGUAUUUGAACAAACCUGAUGCAACAAAGAAGACGAUUAUUAAUGGGUGGCUUCAUACUGGUAGGUGUUUUGUUAUAGACACGCAAUGGAAUAAGAAGCGGGACUAAAAAAUGUUUUUGAACUUUGAACUAAAUCUCAUGAUUGUUCCGGCCCAGCUCAGGUCUUUUUUAAAUUCAUUUUGGCUCGGCUUACGGAUUGGGCUUUGGUAUGGUCUUUGACCCUCGGGUCACAUGUUCUAAACCGGCUCUUUUUAAAUUUUUGUCGGCCCGGCCCGUAAGCUGCAUAUGGGUUUGCGCCUUUUUGUUGUGGCCCACCUGCGGCAGGUUGGCUUGUUUUAAAACCUCUUUUUGGGCUUGGCCCAGGGCUGGGUCAUGCCAAGGCCAAGCCUAGUGGUCGCUUUUUAAGCCUAAGUUCUCUCCCUCCUGUUCCCUUUUAGUAUUUAAUUCUUUUUAGACUAUUGUUAUAGACAAUGAAAUAACAUUUUCAGGUGACAUUGGGUACCAAGACGAAAGCGGCCUACUCUACAUUGUUGACAGACUAAAAGAGUUGAUCAAGGUGAAUGGUUUUCAAGUUCCUCCAGCUCAACUCGAAGGCAUUCUAGUAUCACAUCCUGAUAUUGCUGACGCAGCUGUAAUUGGUAUACCAGAUCAAAUGGCCGGUGAACUACCCAAAGCUUUUGUCGUACGAAAAUCUGAUAAGUUGAGUGUAGAGGAUGUGAAAGCGUUCGUCGCUGAACGUACCGUGCACUACAAACAUUUGAAAGGUGGUGUGGAGUUUGUGAAAGAGAUUCCUCGUAGUCCAGCUGGAAAGAUUCUGAGGAAAGAUUUGCGGCUUCUGGAGAAGAAAAAGGCAAAAUUGUAA